CAGAGACUGAGAAAAAUGAAGAGGAUAUUGUUGCAACAGUACAGCAAAUUUUAGCGCAGGCUGUGCAGCAGCAAAAAGAAUUGAUAUUAGCUGCUAAAAACCAGCCCCCACCUACUCCAAAGGGCAAAAGUAAAAAGUCUCAGUUGAGAUCAAAGUCAAAUCUAGGAUCUAAGGAACAUGACCUGGGAAAACUGGCAAGCAUAUCUGACGAGUCUGGCUUUCUUAAAUCAGAAGGCUUCUCGAUACAGGAUAAAUUAGCCUGUGACGUCACUUCAAAGUGUUCAGAGACUGUUGAUAUGAGCCAUAGCCACUCAGCUCCUGUUACCAACUCUAGUCAAAGUGAAGUUAUCCAGUCAACAAGUCUAUCCAACCACAUCCAGCUUUUACCUCCGUCAGCACAGAUGCAUAGCUCCUC